GGCACUAGAGUAGCAAGAUUGCUCAGAAAUUUGGCACCUAGUCGAUUUUUAAAGAUCUCUAUCGAAUUUUAUUUACAGGCAAAAAUAUGUACAGAGUGUUAGUUUUAUUUUUGUGUACUGUGUUUGCUCAAAGCAAUGAUGGGUUAUUCGAUUUGAAUGUAAUACAUUAUAACGAUUUUCACGCACAUUUCGACGAAAUAGCUUUGAACGGAAGUCCUUGCAACCCAGUAGAAGGAAUCUGCAUUGGUGGCUAUGAGCGCCUGUAUACAGCCAUUCGUCAGGCGUUGGAGAGCGAGCCAGAUUCCUUGAUCUUCAAUGGCGGAGACACCUUUCAAGGGACUAUGUGGUACAACUUUCUACGCUGGAACGUAACUCUACAUUUUAUGAAUUUGUUGCCACAACACGAUGCUCAUGUCCUUGGCAACCAUGAGUUCGACAAUGGAAUAGACGGUCUUCUUCCAUACUUGAAGGAUUUAAAUUCACCCAUGCUUGGUGCCAAUGUUAACACAACCUUCGAACCAGAAAUGACCCCGUACGUGAAGAACCAUAUAGUAGUCGAGCGAAAAGGACGCAAGAUUGGCAUUAUUGGAAUAUUAUUGACGGGGUUUACAGCACCAAUAGGAAAAGUAAUAAUGGAGGAUGAGUUGGAAGCGGUGCGGCGCGAAGCUGCCAUACUCACUCAACAAAAUGUGGACAUCAUCAUUGUGCUUUCACACGUUGGAUAUUCCACUGACCUGAGGUUGGCAGCUCUGAUGCCGCCCGAAGUGGACAUAAUAGUGGGUGCGCACACUCACACGUUGCUGUACAAUGGACAGGCGCCGGACGGCUCGCGGCCCGCCGGACCGUACCCUACUGUCGUCACACAAGCUAGCGGACAUAGAAUCCUAGUCGUGCAAGCCUCGGCUUACACUCGCUAUUUGGGCGACAUCAAGUUAUAUUUCGAUGACGAAGGCCAGAUUGUGUCCUGGGAGGGGCAACCGAUAUACCUUGGCCCAUCGAUUGUAAAAGAUCCACAGAUAGGCAGCCUGCUAGAACCGUGGCGACGGGAAGUGUACGCGAUCGGCAAGGAGGUGCUCAGUGUGUCACUCACGGAGCUGAACCGCGACGCCUGCCGCCGCGCGGAGUGCAACAUCGGCAGUUGGGUCUGCGACAGCUUCAUUGAAGAGGUGAUGCCCCGCGCGACUGGUUCUGCGUGGGGAUAUGCUCAUGUGUGCUUGAUCAACAUUGGUGGCAUUCGAGCUCACAUCAGUUCAGGAGAAAUCACAACCGAAGGGGUCCUCAUGGCGCUACCAUUCGAGAAUAAAGUGCAAGUGUACGAUCUAAAGGGCUCGUAUUUGCUCGAGGCACUCGAGUUCUCAGUGGGAGUGAGCCAAAGCGACCCGCAAAACUUCAACAGUGGUCGGAUGAUUCAGAUUGGGGGGAUGCGGGUGGUGUACAACGCUUCAGCUCCUAUAGGAUCGCGCGUAGUUUCCGCCAGAGUGCGCUGUGUGAAGUGCAAAGUGCCGCGAUACGAACCACUCGACACCGAAGCCACGUACCGCGUCCUCAGUCAGGACUAUAUCGGCGAAGGCGGCGGGGGAUUCACGAUGUUAGCAAACAACAGACAGAACGUCGAGGACGUCGAUGUAGACUACGUGAUGCUGCGGAGGAGCCUGCGGCGACAGGGCACCGUUUUGAAAGACCUCGACGGACGCAUUCGAAUUUUGUAUUAAAAUCAAUUAGCUAUUUAUAAUUUUUACAUGCAUGUCAAAAAUUGCAGAACUGGGUUACAUACAUAGGCCAAUUUUGGCUUAGUGGGCAAGGCAUCGGGUGCGAUUUCCAGAAGAUACAGGUUCGAAAUUUCGAAUCCUACCAGUUCCGCAAUUUUUGAUAUGUACCUAUGUAAAAAUUAUUUAGAAAUUUAGAAAGUUAAGAGUAGUUAAACACCAUCAUAAAAAUUACAAAUACUGUUUCAUAUUUUAUCUGUAUAGGUAUCUUACAAUCAUAUGUCAUUUAAGAACAUUUUAAGAACUUGAGAAUAAUUGACUGACAUUAUCAUAAAUUGAAGAAAACCUGAAUAAAAUUCGUGUGAAAUAAAUGAACAAAGAAUGUUAUGUGAUAGCAUAAUUUAAAUAAUAAAAUAAAAAUUUUAAUUUAAUUUUUA